AUGAGUACGUUCCCCUGCACGCACGAAAUAACAGAACUAACCGAAAAUUGCGAAACUAAAACCAGUCGGGAUACGAAGAACCGACGUAGCAUUGAAGAUGACAUCAACAGGCUUUUUGAGGCCAUUGACAUUGGGACCUCCCGACGGCAUUUUUCGGGCAAAAGUUCCAUGAAAAGGCCGAUUAGAGUAAGCCCUUCCCAUAUCUCAGGCUCAGGCAUCGGGAUUUCUGAUCCCAUGAGUCUAAAACAGUCCUUUAGAGGAUUGUGCAUUUCUCAGGCUUCGGAAAUGGCUGCCCUCAGAAAACGACUGCCAAGGCCCUCUGCCUCCCCUGGAAUUUCGGAUUACAGGGCCGUCGUGAUCGAGGAAAACAAAGAGGAGAACUACUGUACAAGCAAUAGGAAUUCAGCCAAGGAUAUAUCAGACUUGGUUAAAAGUCCAAGUAAAGACUUUGUGAAGAGGAAAUAUGAGCCGAGAAGAACUUUAGUCCCUAAAACUGUCGGUCAAUGUAACGAAGCAGUUAAAGACAAGCGCGAUCAACAUCGCAAGGGCAAAAUGGUGAAUUCAAGGCCUGGCUCCAGCCUCGUCUGCAAAACAAGGAGGGCGGAUGAAAAAUCAAGCGCUAAGGAGAAGAGCGAAUUUUCACAAAGCUCACAAAGCAGUAGCAUGGGGUCGAGCUUCUAUAGUGAAGAAACCUAUCUUAGUGGCGGGUCGAGCCGGAGCGGUCACCGGGCCCACAUGUCGAGAGAUUCGAGGUGGGAAGCCAUAAGUUGUGCCCGAAAGCAGCACGGGAGUUUGAGCCUCAGGAGUUUUAAAAUGCUGAGGAAAAUAGGGGGUGGGGAUAUCGGGACUGUUUAUCUCUCGGAACUUAUCGGGACAGGCUGCCUGUUUGCAGUGAAAGUUAUGGACAAUGAAUAUUUAGUGGCCCGGAAGAAAAUGACGAGGGCUCACACGGAAAGGGAGAUUCUAGGGAUUCUUGAUCACCCUUUUCUGCCCACGCUCUAUGCCCAUUUUGCGACGGAUAAGUUUUCGUGUCUAGUUAUGGAGUACUGCCUGGGUGGCGAUCUUCACGUGCUUCGACAAAAGCAGCCUAGUAGGUCCUUUUCUGAAAAAGCAGCCAGGUUCUACGCGGCGGAGGUCCUUGUUGCUCUCGAGUACCUCCACAUGCUGGGUGUUGUGUACCGUGACCUGAAGCCUGAGAACGUCCUGGUGCGUGAGGACGGCCACAUCAUGCUCACCGACUUUGACCUCUCCUUGCGCUGCCCCACCCCCGUGACUCCAACACUCCUCCAACCCCCAACCACAAACCCACCACCCUCAUCGUGCAUCGACCCCCUCUGCCUCCACCCCUCUUGCUUCACCCUGCACAAGGCCCCCCGAAAACCCGAACCUCACCCGGACAUGCGAUACCCGCAGAUGGUGCUGGAGCCCACGGGGGCCCGAUCGAACUCGUUUGUGGGCACGCACGAGUACCUGGCCCCCGAGGUUGUGAGGGGGGAGGGCCACGGGAGCCCCGUCGACUGGUGGACGCUUGGGGUGUUCCUUUACGAGAUGCUGUACGGGCUCACCCCGUUCAGGGGUUCAACCAAUGAGGAGACCCUGUCCAAUGUGGUGUCCAGGUGCCUCACCUUCCCCGGGGCUCCCGUGGUGAGCUCGGCCGCACGGGACUUGAUGCGCCGCCUGCUCAGGAAGGAGCCCGAGGAGAGGCCGGGUUCAGCGGCUGAGAUCAGGGGGCACCCGUUUUUCGAGGGCCUGAAUUGGGCGCUCGUGAGGUGCCAGAGGCCGCCGGAAAUGCCCAGGCUGGUUGAUGUGGGUGGUGCUAGUU